AUGGCAAUAACUUUUGAGCUUCUGCAAAAGAGAACAAAAUAUGAAGUUUGUACAGAUUACCAAAAGAGCUGGAAAGCCUCUUGGGAACAUGAUGGCCCAUCUAUGGCACCAAAGGCGGGAAAUAGUUGUCCAAAAACCAUCAAUAGCAAUGAAAAGUAUAAUGCUCUCAAUACUUUAAAUUACGCCAGAAGAGCAUGUGGUUUAGAUCUGGCCAGAUUGGAAAGUAGAUAUCUCUACGAGGAGCAAUUACAAGCAACUGCAAAUUCAAAAGUUAAUAACCAAUGCAGUGGAUAUAGCCACACAUGCCUUGAAACAAGGUCAUCAGGUAAGGAUUUAUCAGAAUCAAAGAGUGUUGCCGAUUUGGUUAAAUUGGCAUUAACAACCCAAUUUGAUGAAACAUCCAGUUUGAAUUAUUAUGCUCGGCAUAUAUUAUUGGACGAAUAUUUGGAACCAGUCGUGUUUGCUAGUGCUCAUAACGAAAAUUCGAAAGAGACAGUCCAAUUACUUAAUUUCAAUGCAAAUACACAACGACCUGCACAAAAAAUACCUUUUGUUGCUUGGCCACCUCCAGGAUAUGUACACUCAAAAUUCCUUGGAGUUGCAUCUUUUAUGUCACAAGGAAUUGGUAGUACUACUCUUAUAUCAUAUACUGUUGAUGAUGAUCCUACUGUAAAACGUGCUGAUGUGGAAUCAUGUAGGAAGUUUGGAAUGGAUGUAAACUGUUUUACUGGAGACUGGAUGGAUCAGGAAAAUGCAAUUGGACACACAUAUCACAUCAAUGUUUCAGAUCCAUAUGGCAAGUCAUAUUUAUAUUCUUUUACACCUGUGGAUUGUGACAAAUACAAACCAGAUCGAACUCCAGUAAUAACACCAUUUGUAACAGCAUAUGAAACAAUGGCACGAACUCCAGAAAUAACAUCUAAGGAAACGCCAUUCAAUACUGCAGCAAAAACACCAUUUACAACAGCUUUUGAAACUGCAGCAAUGACUCCAUUUUCUACAGCCUUUGCGACUGCAGGUGAAACACCAUUUACUACAGCUGCAGUAACAGCUUUUAAAACACCUUAUUUAACAGAAAAAGAAACACCAUUUAAUACAAAUCAUCAAACACCUCAUAUCACACCAGGAGUAACAAUGUUUGAAACACCAUUUUUAACACAAAAGGAAACUCCUUACGAAACACCUUACUUAACAGAAAAGGAAACAGCCUUUGAAACAGCUUAUGAAACUCCGUUUACAACUUCAGAUAUCACUGUAAUAACUCCAGUUCCAACUCAAACUGAAGUUGUCACACCAUCAAUUGAAAAGGAAAAUGAAAGAAAUGAAGGAAAUGAUGAUCCUGCUGAUUCACAAGGUGGUAGUAAUGCAAAAAAUGCUGUAGCAAUCGCUGUUCCAAUUGUUGCGGUAUUAAUUAUUGCUGGUGUUGUAGCAGUAAUUAUCAUAAUGAAGAAUAGAGGAAAUUCUCAUCAAGAUGAUGAUAGUAUGCAAUCUGAUAGUGUUGAUUAUAACGUUUAA